AUGGUGACCAGUGUUCAAGGGGAAGCAGGAAGAGAGGCAGGAAGAGGCCUGAGGAAGACGAGCGAGCCUGGGACUCUCACUGCGAGGACAAGUCUUCGGGGACAGGUCAGUUGAGCCUGAGACAAAGACCUCAACGAAGAACUUUCUACCAGGCCGGUCCAAAAGCAAGUGUCCACAACAAACCUCGCAGACAGAACCGUAAACAGGAACACAACAUGUUCCAGUGUGCCAGUGGCCCUCAGGGAGCUGCAGCUGUGCCCCGUGAGGCCUCAGAGACCCCGUGUCUGGAUUUGAUGGAACAGGACUCCAAAGACUCAGCUCAGAGCAGCAGCACCAUGUCCAGCUCUGAAACCCAAUCAGAGUACAGCGACAACAAAGGUUUUGGAAUUGGUGAGUUAGUUUGGGGAAAGAUCAAGGGCUUCUCCUGGUGGCCUGGAAUCGUGGUGACUUGGCGAGCCACUGGCAAACGACAGGCCAGCCAUGGCAUGAGGUGGCUGCAGUGGUUUGGAGAUGGCAAGUUCUCUGAGGUUUCUGCCGACAAACUGAACUCCCUCACAGCAUUCUCCAAGUUCUUCAACCAGGCUUCUUACACCAAGCUGGCUUCUUAUCGCAAAGCUAUCUUUCAAGCACUUGAG